UGAGGAGUGAGGAAGUCGAGGGAAGUGCAAUCUUUCCAGCUUUCGGCUGAGCCAGCAUUGUGGAUUAAGUCUUCUUUUCUAAACCAGACUACAAGAGCUCAUCCUCAGACUCUGUCUCACUCCCCGUCUCUUUCACUCUCUGUCUCUCCGCCUGGCACUGCCAUCGCAGGCAGUAUUUACAUGGCACAGUGGACAGCUCUGUUUGUCUCUCUUUCACGCUCUACCUCAUCAUCCCUCUGAACUUUACUCUUUUACCUUCUUUAACUGUCUCCUUUUUCUCUCAUCUACUACUUUUCAUUUCUUCCAUCUCUCCUGCUCUUUCUGUCAUGCCCUCCUCUUCCUCUCUUCCUCCUCUCCCUUCUUUCUGCUGUCUCAGACACAGAGCACCAAUGUGCAGGAAUUAGCUGUUAGCAUUAGCUGUUAGCUGUCUGCAUCUGUAUCGAGAAGAGGGCUUUUAGGGGUGACCCCCGUCUACCGCCAUCCUCUGGCGCCCACCGCUGACCUGCCCCCCACCCACCCACCACUGCAGGGUGGGAUGGGCAGGGGCUGGGUGAGUUAGCCCGGGGCUCGAGGGUUAGCAACAGGGCAGGCGAUGCCAGAGAGUAGAGGACGAGAACAAGGAGGAGGUGGAGGUGGGUGCUCGCGGGGCAAGUGGAAGCUGAGGAAGGGAGGCAGCCGUUCAGCCAUCCCGGCACUCUUCACCAUCAAUGAGGAAGAAGAAGGGCAGAAACGGAGAGAUGCUCGCAGGAGGAAGAAAAAAGCGUCUUACUCCCAGUAUAAAUCGGAGGAUGGGGAUGGCAGAGCGUCCUCAGCCACCCGUCCCAGCUCCUCAGGCUCCGGGCAGACCUACACUCCCACCUUGACCCCGACUCCCACUCCCACCCCGACCCCGUCUCGCACCACCACCAGCAACAGCCCCAGUAACAAUGCUGCCACCAAAACAGACUCGUUGCUCUUCAACAAGAUCGACGAGAGACAGAGGUUAGCCCGUGAGCGCCGGGGGGAGCGUGAGAAACAGAAUGCUCUGAAGGAGGCCCAGUGGCAGGCACGUGAGGAGCGAGCCAGGCAGCACUAUGAGAAGCAGCUGGAGGAGAGGAGGAGGAAGCUGGAGGAGCAGAGGAUAAAGGAGGACAAGAGACGGGCCGCUGUGGAGGAGAAACGACGGCAGAAACUGGAGGAAGACAAGGCUCGUCAUGAGGCGGUGAUGCGUCGGACGAUGGAGAGGAGCCAGAGAGUCAGACAGAAGCCCAACCGAUGGUCCUGGGGAGGGGCGCUGCACACAAACACUCCCAGCACGCCAGCCGAUGCUGACAGGCGGUCAGUGUCCACAAUGAAUUUAUCCAAACACACAGACCCUGUCAUUACCAAGCGCCUCUCCUACUCCUCUGCCACACUCCUGCACUCACCUGACAGAGGCUUACAGAUGAGAACAGCCUCCUCCCCUGUCAUUAGCAAAGCUCAGUCCAAACCCCGCCUACACCAGGGAAAGACCAGCCAGCACAAAAACACAGGCCUGCGCCGUCUUCCGCUGACGCCAUGGGAGAGCAAUGUGGUGAACCGCCUGCAGCAGCCAACACACUCCUACCUGGCUCGCAGCCGCAGCGCCAUGAGUCUGUCUGGAGAACAAGCAGCCAUGCCUGUUUGUCCUCGCUCAGUGUCCUGCCACCCCAUGGGCUCCAUGUCCUUCAAAGCCCUGCAGGCCCAGCCGCUUCCUCACUGCCGCAGCCAGGACAGGAGCCUCAGCAGGGGGACGGUGUCGUCCUGCGCCACAACUCCCCGCAGGAGGACCACUGGCACCACACAGCAGAAAGACCGUGACAAUGUGAGGAAGUCAUGGAGCAACCUGUCACUCCCACUGGCUCCCAUUCUCACUUUGCCCCCCAGCAAGCGCUCCACUUCUCCAGGCAAGAAGAACAGCAAAGUGACAGCGCCCUCUCCUGGCAGGCCUCCACAAAAGUCAGCAGGGCGCCCCCCGACCCCCAAGCUGCUCAAGUCUCCGGGGGCUGAGGACCCUGGAAAUCUUCGUCCUUUCAGGGUCACACCUGAGAGCCCCCAACCCACCAGAGCCCCCGGAGAGGAGGAGGAAGAAGAGCAGGUCCUCAGUCCUCCUCAGCCUCGACCUCAGCCGCUGGGUCAGAACAAGAGCAGCAGUGAGCUCGCACCACCAGCAGCAGACAACGAGAGCAUGAGCAGUCCUCCAGCCUACAAGCCCUCAGCUGGCACCACAGAUCCAGAGGAGGCGAGUCGCAUCCUGGCUGAGAAUCGUCGGCUGGCCCGUGAGCAGAGGGAGAGAGAAGAGGAGGAGCGCAAGCAACAGGAGGAGCAGCGGAGAUUGGCGCAGGAGGAGAUGGCUCGCCGUAAGGCCGAGGAGCGAGCAAAGAGAGAGGAGGAGGCUCAGCGUCAGGCGGAGGAGAUGAGAAGGAAGGAGGAGGAGGAGAGGAAGGCGGAGGAAGAGAGACUUCAGAAAGAGAGAGAGGAGGCAGAGAGACUCCAGAAACAGAGAGAGGAAGAGGAGUCUCGACAGAGAGAGGAGGCAGAGAGACUGAGGCAGGAGAGAGAGAAACAUUUCCAGAAAGAGGAGGCUGAACGCCUGGAGAGGAAAAAGCGUCUGGAGGAGAUCAUGAAGAGAACACGACGCUCAGACACAGCAGAGAAGAAAGUUGUUCCCAACAGGAAUGGAGACAAUGCAGUGACCCCUGCUGCUCCGAGUCCAUCCACAGUGACUGCAUCACCAACACACAACAGCAACGGCCGCCAAGCCGACCCAAACACCACCGCACUGAGCCACCCUGACCAGAGGGAGAACGGGGAGUUUGAGGAGGUGAUUGUACUGCCUUCACAUUCCAGGUUGUCUCCUCCUGAGGGAGAGGAGCAGCAACAGCAGCAGCAAGAGGAGGAGGAGAGAGUUUCUGUCUUAGCCUUCAGGGAGAACGGUCUCCUAAAGCCUCUAAGCGGGAUAGAGGACAUAUCAGCCCAGCAGGGACCAGAUGUUGCCUGACGUCCUGUUAGGCUGAGAUGCUUCCACACCCAGAGAGACAGGAAGUGAGACGGCCAGAGAGAGGUAACACAGCGCUGUUGGACUGAAUCAAAGGAAGGACUCGCAGCAUCACAGCCCAACUCUUCCUGAGGUUUACUUUCUCACCCUCCCACAACAGAAGAGCACCGCAGCCAUUUCCCAAAGAUGGUGUCUCCAAAGAUCUCCCUAAAACACCUCCAGAGAGACUUUCCCUUCAACACACUCUCUGGGGGACGGAUCGUCUUCUCUGUCUCUGACCACACUCGGUCACAGUGUUCUGUGCGCGGCCCCGACGACUCCUGAUUCUGACGUUAAUGUCCUGAAAUCACAGAAUUGACUCUAUAAACGUGUGUGUGUAUGUGCGUGUGAGUGAAUGAGAGACUAAUAAUAAUGUAAACUGAGAUCAGCUGUAAAGUCUUCAGCCGUGAUACUUGAAGAGAUUUUUUUUUUUGUUGCUGUAGAACACACUGUUAUCAGACUGACGAAAUCAGCGGUGUAACUGGAACUCGCACAACAGGCUCCGAAUUACAAGGUUUCAUUAACGCGCUAACUGGAACCUCCUAAUUCUCACGUUACAGAAGAGACGAGAUGUAGGAAUGAUGUCAGUGCAUGAAGUUGUAUUAAAACUGCAGGAAAGUGUCAUGUAAUAUAUUUUUGCUGUGUCUACAGUGUUUAAGACUAGAGGGUAUUUUUGGGGGGCGAGGCCGGGGGUGUUGGAGUAUCAUGGAGUUUAAGUUAAAUAAUGACAAAAUGAAAAUACUGUUCUCAGCUGAGAAUUAGGGUGUAAACUACUGAUUAUUCUUUGUUUAGUUUUAUUCAAUUGCUGUACAGAUGAAAUGUGAUUCUUUGUUUCGUCCUGUCUUUGUUUAAAUUGAGAAAAGAAAAACCUGCUUCAACGUUAACUGCCCUGUAUUUUCAUUUGUUAACCCCGUCAGUGCUGCCUCCUGUCACACCCAGCCGGUGUGUGAGGACUCCGCUGUAGCCUAGGAGGUUGACUUUUGUUUUGGCCAAGUAAAAAAAAAAGAUUAAAAUAAUUUGCUGAUGUUGAUUCUGAAAUAAUCUGAUUGGUUUGAUCUUUCUGAUGAAGGAUUUAAGAAGAAAUGCUGCUAAUUUUGACGUUCCUUUGCCUUACCAGACACACUGUAGGAAGAAUGACUCGUCUUUGUCAUUGAAAUGAAGUUAUGCAUUCCCAGCAUGAGCUGUGAGGUUCUGGCCACAUGCCACAACUCUCCAGUUGCUUCUUGAUUUAUGUUGAAAGUAUGACAGCUCAUGAUGAAGUGUGAGUCAUCAUAUGAGAGGUAUAAUGUCAAACUACUGGUCCUUUGUGCAGAUUUUCAUUAAUGAAAGACAAAAGAGGGGAAUUAAAGGGUACGUACAGUAUUUUUCAACCCUGUUUUCUCAUGUUUUUUUGUCUAUGUGACUAAUGGAGACAGUUUUUGAAACUGGUCCAGUAUUGAGCGAGAGCAAACAGGCUGCAAUGAAAUGUUAUCCCUGAAAAACCUGAGCAAAUUGGCUUGGUUUCCUUCAAUAACCUGGGAAGAAGGCAAUGAGCAAUGCAAGAAGAAAUGAACCUAAGAUAUUAACAAGAAAUUGUAAAAGGAGAAAAUUUAAAACAAGAAAAUUAAUAAAUAAAAAAGGGAAAUUACCUCGAAAAAGGGUUUAAAAAUUAUGAUAAUUAUGUAGCAUAAUUUUGAAUAUAUAAUAAUUCUAAAUGUUUUUCCCUAGCUUUUUCAAAAUAAAAUUAAAAACUAGAAUUUUUAAUUCUAAAAAAAUUAAAAACUAAAAAAAUAGUUAAUAAAAAAACAAACAAGGGCAUAACCUUGAAAUAGAGCUUUAAAAUUAUGAUAAUUAUGUAAGUUAAUUAUGCAGGUUUAUCCCUAGCUUUUUAAAAAUAAUUCUCUAAAUCUCUUUUUGCAAUUUGUGUAACAUUUCUUACCAAGUUGCCAUGUUUUUGAAAGAAAUUGUAUCAAUUUGCUCAGGGUUCAGGGGUUAAAAUACUUGUGAAAGGCGUCUGAAAGCAGCACAAGAAACGUGAUGUUGCUCCAGGUUUCAAAGGGUUAAUGCACAGUUGUGCACUGUCAAUUUACGUCCUCUAGAAGUGCUGGGUUUUGCCACUGACAGGCUCAGAUUGUUAUUCUAAGUGUCUGACUACAUUACUGGAAAGGAUCCCUACAGAGAUAGACCUUUUUGUCAAAGAGUAUGAUCCUUUUUGUUGAACUAGAAACAACCCUGAAACUGUUUUGCCAAACCCUCCAGACUCCAUUUAAUUAAACAGUAAUUUUAUCACAGUAAAACACACUUCAUUCAAAGGUGAACAAAACAAAAUAAUACCCACAGAAACUAUCUUGACUCGUCUUCCCACUGUUCCAACAAUCACCAACUUUUUUUGGUUAAAAUUACCUGAAAUUCACAAAGUUACUUAAAUAUGCUGGCUCUAAACAUGCUAAAUUUACUGUCAUAAAAUGGAGUUUGGUGGAUUUGCUGAUAAAGAUCUCAGGGCUGUUUCUGGUUAAAUAAAAAGGUCUAUCUCUGUAGGGAUCCUCUCUAAAAUGUCAUGAGCUUAUAAUAACAAUCUGAGCCUGUCAGUGACAAAAACAAGCAUUUUUAGAGGAUGUAAAUUGACGGUGCAAAAUUGCCCCUAGGCGUUACACUGCAGCAGCUGUUGGCAUCACCGCUGUCCCUCUCAAUACUGGAGCAGUUUCAAAAAUUAUUCUUCCAUUAGUCGCUUAGACACUAAAACAUGGAAAUAUGAGGCCCUGAUUGAAAAAUACUGAAGUCACCCUUUAAAGUAAAUAACUGGAACCCAACUGUUGCCCUGUGUUAUAUUCACUUUUAUCUUUUAGCUGCUCUUUUAGCAUUUGAUUCUCAAACCUUUGCACUUCCUCUUUGUUCACAUCCUGCAGUACCACCAAAAUGGAAGGAGACGUACCCAUGUCUUUGUUAAGUAGUGCUGGUUUCUGCCAGCAGUACGUAACAUGCUGUAACUUAUCUUGAAGAUAAACUGCUUGUAAAUGACAUUAUACAUACAUAUCCUAUAAAUGUUUCAAAGUCGAUAUAUUUUACUAAGACUGACCACGAGACUAACGACUAACGUGCCCUGUACUUCACAGGAGGGUCUGUGGGGUGACAUCUCUGAACCAUUGUAAAAAUGAAAUCACUGUCCGACUGUUGCAGCUGUACCGUUUGGCAAGUAAAUAAAACUUUUUGAAUUGAUUACCUAUUUACUGAUGUGGUAAUGUAAUGAUUGUGUCCUUU